CACAAAUGGGGGCAGAGGUCUGGGCCCGGGCCCGUGCUGCCCUUUGCAUGUGUGUUCCACUGAGUCCCCGUGGUCCUGAUUUAUCUGGCCUCCUAGAGGGAAGAGAGCCUGCUCUUAUUCCAGUGCGUAUCUCCACAUUUGCAUAUGAAACAUUUUCUGAAGAUCUUGGGGCCGGUUUUGCUUUUAAUGCUUUUUACAAGCAUUUACAAGAAGACUGUGGCUUAGUAAAUAAAUAAGCAAGGGAAUUAGAGUUCUGUUCCUUGCCCUGCCACUUUGAUCGGAUGAAGUCUCUGGUCUCUGUAAAACUGGGUAUGUGGUCUGUAUCUGUCCGUAUAGUGGGGGGUGUGCAAUAAAGCUGUGAUUACUACAGUGUUCCAUGGAAAUGUGCAUGAUUUUCAGUAUUUAGAUUUUUUAAACGUCUUGGCAUUUAUUGAUACCUAAAUGAUAAAUUGUUUGACAUUUCUGCCUUUGGGUACAUAUAUUUGAGGUUUUAAAAAUCAUUAUUCAGGUUAACCAUGCCCCAUAACAGUGGUUUCUGAUCCUGGCUGCAUAUAAGAAUCAACAGGGCAGUUAUAAAUACCAUUCCUGAAUUCUACCCGAGUUUAAAUGACCAGAAUCCAGGUAAUGGGAUUGUUAGAAAGUUCCUGACCUGAGUGUGCAGUCAGGAUUGAGAACCACUGACACAGCUAAAUACAUCCUGUCAUUCUGCAGCCCCCAACAGAUUCUGGUCCAUCAGAUUACCUGUACCCAGCCCCCACUAACCAGUGGUUCUGCACCUUGGCAGGAUGUUUCAGGCACCUGGGAGCUUUAAAAAUCACCACGUCCAACCUACAAUUCAGAACAAUUAAAUGCGUGCCAGGGGUGGGACCCCAGCAUCAGUAGUUAGUAAAGCUCCUCCACUGAUUCCAACGUGCAGCCAGGAUUAGAAACCACUGCCCAGUACACACAACUAAGUGACUUGGCAACGAACUAAAUGCUUCCCUGGCUACUUUCAGUGGGGGAGGGCCACAGGAUAGUGGGGUUUUCAUGCUGCCCAGGAAAACAAGUUAUCUGGAGCUUUACUUGAUCACCCAAUGGGAGAGGAUGGAUUAUUUAACAUUUGUAUUGGCCUGGUUUAUUCAUAGCCUUCUGCUUGGAGAAACACCAGCGUUUACAUAUGGAAUUGGCCCAUCAAGCUCCAUUUGUCUAUAGCCUCCUUUCACGGUUGAUUGUCUGAACUUUUUCUGAUAUAUAAAGAAAAUAUGAACUUCAUUAUAGGCUAUUUGGCCGGAGACACAGCACUUCAUGUUGCUGCUGCCCUAAAUCACAAGAAGGUGGUUAAAAUCUUACUGGAAGCUGGAGCAGAUGGAACCAUUGUUAAUAAUGCAGGCCAGACUCCACUGGAGACUGCCCGCUACCACAAUAAUCCGGAAGUUGCUCUUCUCCUCACUAAAGCUCCCCAGGCUGGAAGUUCCACUAGAUCAGAGCACCAGGUCCAAGGACAAUGCUGUCACGACGCUGCACACACCGUGGUUUGUAACCAUGCCUCUUGCCUCCUUCAGGUCUUGCGCUUCAGUCGUGGGCGAAGCCUGAGGAAAAAGAGAGAGAGGCUCAAGGAAGAGAGGAGAGCUCAGUCUGUGCCAAGAGAUGAGGUGGCACAAAGCAAGGGAAGUGUCUCCGCAGGAGACACCCCCAGCAGUGAACAGGCUGCACCCAGAAAAGAAGAGGCCAGAGAAGAUGUCCUGUCCGCCUCCCCAGAGCCCAAGGCGAAGGACAACAGGCAGAGAAAGUCAAGGCCCAAGGCGUCAGCAUUUUCUGACCCCACUCCACCAGCAGACCAACAGCCUGGACACCAGAAGAACUUGCAUGCUCACAGUCACCCUAAAAAGAGGCCCAGGCACCGAUGUUCACCGCCACCCCCUCCCCAUGAGUUCAGAGCGUACCAGCUCUACACGCUGUACCGGGGCAAGGACGGGAAGGUGAUGCAGGCACCAAUAAAUGGUUGUAGAUGUGAACCCCUAAUCAACAAGCUGGAGAACCAGUUGGAGGCAGCUGUGGAGGAGAUCCGAGCAGAGCUGGGUUCGGUUCAGGAUAAAAUGAACACAAAGCUGGGGCAUAUGGAGAACAAAACCCAGCACCAGGAGAAGAGCUCACCUGUGAGCCCUCCUCACAUCUCCAGAACUGGCCCUUCUUUGUGUUUGUGUUUUGGACAUCUGAUUGUGGAACAACCCUUGUGGAGCUGGCCCCUGCUGACAAAGUCUCUCUCCCUGAUGCGUGUUCUGGACAAGCUGAUGGUUGAGCGGCUGUCAGCAGAGAGAACAGAGUGCCUGAACCGCCUGCAACAGCAUUCAGAUACAGAGAAGCAUGAGGGGGAGAGACGACAGAUGUCAUUGGUUGACGAAUUAAAAACCUGGUGCAUGUUAAAGAUUCAGAAUCUGGAGCUGAAACUUUCUGGAGAUUCUAGGGCCUCUAGGACCAAAUCCACACCAUCUACUUGCGAGUCGUCUACAGGCGUGGAUCAGUCCGUGGCCACUGCAGGUCCGGUAGCGGCUUCUGACAGUUCUCCUCAGGUGGUUAGGCCCAAGGAAAAGGCCUUCAACUCCACUGCUACCCACAGACUACAGCAGGAGCUGUCUUCCUCAGACUGUACCGCGUCCCGACUGAGGAAUGUCAAGGUCCAGACAGCCUUGCUACCCUUGAAAGAGGCGGCCAAGUGUGAUCAGCAGGCUGGGCCCUGUGUUGACAGAGGCACCCAAACCAAGAAGUCUGGGAAAAGUGGGCAGACGAGGCAUCGGCCCCAGCACCCGGCACCCGGCACCGCCGGUGGGCAGCCGCCCCCGGCAGCGGGCAGUGAGCAGACUGCCUCUCAUGUUCGAGACACCUCCCAGGCUCUGGAGAUUACCCAGUAUUUUUUUGAGGCUGUUUCUACCCAGAUGGAAAAGUGGUAUGAGAGGAAGAUUGAAGAAGCCCGAAGCCAAGCCAGUCAGAAAGCCCAGCAAGACAAGGCCACCCUGAAGGAACAUAUUAAAAGUUUAGAAGAAGAACUUGCUAAACUAAGGACUAAAGUGCAGAAGGAAAAUUAGAAUCUGGGAAGUGGCCUGAGAAGGGCUUCUUGAUGAUUCCUGCUUUUGCAUCUAUAGAACAGCUGUGCCCAAGAUGUCCAUUCUUGUGCACGUAGCAGACUUGCCUUUAAAAACAAAAAGUCAAAUUGCUGAAAUGUGCCAGGCACACGCUUUCCUGCGCCCUGAAGUCAUGAAACUUCAACAGUGACCACCAAAGCCAGGGGAAGCUUGCUUUGUGUUAGGUUUCAUUGCAAACCUAAAACCUCGGUCUGGGUUCAUCUGAGGUUCAAAAGCUCAGAUUAAGUGAGCCACGCUAAGAAACGGAAAGAUGUGUAAAGCCUAAAGCCUAAAAUUCAGGAUGUGUGAAAUAACAUAAAUCAAAAGGAAGAAAAAUUAAUCCCUUGUGAACUUUAGUCAUUCAUGUGAGCACUCCUGUGGUGCCCAGAUGAGAGCAUCUUUCUGUACGAGCUAUGGCUGAGAUGCGCUGAAUCCUCUCUUGAAUUCCUAAUUCUUAAAGUGCUGACCUUUUAACCAGAUGAAAACUUACCAAACUGAUUUUGAGGAGAAAAAGAUUUUCAUGAUGUCACUAGAUCCAAUAUAUGUUAAAGUAUUUUGCAGUCAGAGGGUAUUUAAAUGAUGAGUAAUUGGCUACUAGCACUGGGAAUAUUUGUUAAUAAACUCAGAUGAGAAAGGUUCAAAUCAUUUGGUCAUGAUUUCUGUAUUUUCAGUCAAAAUACAGAAACACUACAGUUGAUUAAUCCUACCAAUUUUAAAGCAGAUUAAUGGAAAAGCAUUCACCUAACAAUCACCUGAAACUUCUAUAAGCUAUCCAUAAUCAAACCCAGUUAACCAAGAGUACCUUUCUAAAUUUGAGCUUCUCAGUCUACAUUUUAUAAAGAAAUAAGGCUAUUUCUUAAAAGUAUUUUACUUCUAAUUGUAUACGGUCAUUGAUGAACCUCAGAAGUUACCCACUGCUUUGCAGUCUUUAUGUCAAGGUAAAAAUUGUCAACUCAGUCUAGACCCCACAAUUCCCCAUCUUGUGGAGCCCCAAGGAUUUUCCUCUCCUCUGUGGAGUAUAUAAGUUGUAAAAGUAGCUUGGGUAUGUUGAAACUUUGGAUUUAGUUAUCUUUUAAGCUUCUUGCCCCUUGAUUAUAUUCAUCUCCUCAAAAUUCCAUGUAUGCAAAGAAAUGUCAAUUCUAUUUCCAUUAACCCCAGAACUGAGAAACUGUUGUCUCUAAGUUUGAAUAAAAUGUUGCUCACAGAGCCAAAGAAAAAAUGAUUUCCUGACAUGGGAACACCCAGAAAAACAAAGUAUGUUUUUAGUCCCUUUGUUCUUGCCUAACAAGCUCAGUUUUUGUUUUCUUAACAGUGACAAUCUAUAGAUCUAGAUGUAGGUCACCAUUACACAACCUGGAUAGGGAAUCAAUUUAAUAUUCUCCCAAGUUUAUGUUCAUGUGCGUGUUAGUCUUGUUCCUCAGCUACUGUUAAGAACGUCUGAUUCUCCCCCAGAGGAUCUUGUUGCACUGAUAAAUGUAGAGGUACUUUCCUUUUCUCAUCUCCGUUCCUAAUGCAGAACCACAGAAUUGCAGAGCUAGAUGGUACCUUCAGUUUUUAAAAUCUUUCCCUUAUCCAGCAUCACUGAAAUCUUCAGCUUUCCUCAAUAUACAUCAGUUUCUUAAGAACUGCCAAAUACUCAGAGAGGAAAUCCUGAGAUGUUCAGUAAGUUGUGGUCUAAGCAGGAGUUCUUUUCACUUACCAAAAUAGCUGUUAUCUCGAGGAGUAUCCUUGUUGAGAAAUGAAGACAAAUUUUAUCUAGACUACGGAGUGCUGUGGUAGGAAGUAUUUUGAUUAUGCAACCCCUACUCAUCAGAAGCGGGCAGCUUACCAUUGUGAACUGGAUAUUUUUGCCAAAGUCACAGGGAAGAGACUAGGGAGGACUGAGAAGGGUCCAAGGCACCUAGUCUGACAGGUUACACGGAUCUUUCUCUACUAGAACGGAAAACCAGUAGAGGUGAGGAAACAGGAUCAGUCUGCCUCCUAACGCAGAGAGAUGGCAGCAUCUCAAGGCCACUGCAAUAGCUUAUUUUAAACAACUGGGUUUUUGUUCCUUAGUAUUGUCAAAAACUCAACUAUGGGUCUGAUGUGUAUUUUCCCUUUUUUCCCUUGUGCUAUCUGCUAAAAGGAGCAAAUGCCACAAUAGUACUUUUCCAAAGAAGCAAAACUUAUUGGCUGUCAUGUGGGUUGUGUUUGAAACAGAGAUUGGAGCUUUCAAUAGCUAUGGGGAAAUGAUGUAAGACACAGAAAAGUUGUAUAAUAUUGCAGUGGGGUUUUUUGUUGGUGAAUUAUUGCAUUGAAUAUAGUAAAUAUCUGUGAUUAGGUUGAAUAUAGUUCUAAUCAUUUGACUUUGGGGGCCCAAAAUAAAGGAAGUGAUGUUUUCACAUUUAAAUCUUUUUUUUUUCAGUCAAGCGUUGAUACUGCAGAGAUAUGUUGUCUUCUAUUUAAUAUUUUUAUUAAUUUGAAUUUGUCUCUUCCAAGCAUUAAAUAUGGUUCUCAACACUAUGGAUAUUGAAAUCCUUAUUUAAAAAAUGCAAGUAUGACUGCUUUGUUUAGUGUACAUUUUCGUUUCUGUGGUUGACCAAAUUUAUGUUCCCAGAAAGAGUGCCUUCACCCAGCUACAUCUUACCUUGUUUCUAUAGAAGUGUGAUUUCUGGUAAAUACAUUUGCCUCAAAGUAGAGGUCAGAUGCACUGCAUGAAAAAUAAAUGUUUCAGAAGCCCAUAA